AUGGAGUCGAAGAGACAAGCACGGUGGCGGGGUAGGAAGCCCGAGAGUCAGCCCCAAAAUUUAUUGGGGAGGCACACAGAACGUGUGGCAAAGCCAGACGGGCCCAAUAAAGUGACCGAUACAGACGGGCCCAAUAAAGUGACCGAUACAGUCGGGCCCAAUAAAGUGACCGAUACAGACGGGCCCAAUAAAGUGACCGAUACAGACGGGCCCAAUAAAGUGACCGAUACAGACGGGCCCAAUAAAGUGACCGAUACAGACGGGCCCAAUAAAGUGACCGAUACAGACUGGCCCAAUAAAGUGACCGAUACAGACGGGCCCAAUAAAGUGACCGAUACAGACGGGCCCAAUAAAGUGACCGAUACAGACUGGCCCAAUAAAGUGACCGAUACAGACGGGCCCAAUAAAGUGACCGAUACAGACGGGCCCAAUAAAGUGACCGAUACAGACGGGCCCAAUAAAGUGACCGAUACAGACGGGCCCAAUAAAGUGACCGAUACAGACGGGCCCAAUAAAGUGACCGAUACAGACGGGCCCAAUAAAGUGACCGAUACAGACGGGCCCAAUAAAGUGACCGAUACAGACGGGCCCAAUAAAGUGACCGAUACAGACGGGCCCAAUAAAGUGACCGAUACAGACGGGCCCAAUAAAGUGACCGAUACAGACGGGCCCAAUAAAGUGACCGAUACAGACGGGCCCAAUAAAGUGACCGAUACAGACGGGCCCAAUAAAGUGACCGAUACAGACGGGCCCAAUAAAGUGACCGAUACAGACGGGCCCAAUAAAGUGACCGAUACAGACAGGCCCAAUAAAGUGACCGAUACAGACGGGCCCAAUAAAGUGACCGAUACAGACUGGCCCAAUAAAGUGACCGAUACAGACGGGCCCAAUAAAGUGACCGAUACAGACGGGCCCAAUAAAGUGACCGAUACAGACUGGCCCAAUAAAGUGACCGAUACAGACGGGCCCAAUAAAGUGACCGAUACAGACGGGCCCAAUAAAGUGACCGAUACAGACGGGCCCAAUAAAGUGACCGAUACAGACGGGCCCAAUAAAGUGACCGAUACAGACGGGCCCAAUAAAGUGACCGAUACAGACGGGCCCAAUAAAGUGACCGAUACAGACGGGCCCAAUAAAGUGACCGAUACAGACGGGCCCAAUAAAGUGACCGAUACAGACGGGCCCAAUAAAGUGACCGAUACAGACGGGCCCAAUAAAGUGACCGAUACAGACGGGCCCAAUAAAGUGACCGAUACAGACGGGCCCAAUAAAGUGACCGAUACAGACGGGCCCAAUAAAGUGACCGAUACAGACGGGCCCAAUAAAGUGACCGAUACAGACGGGCCCAAUAAAGUGACCGAUACAGACGGGCCCAAUAAAGUGACCGAUACAGACGGGCCCAAUAAAGUGACCGAUACAGACGGGCCCAAUAAAGUGACCGAUACAGACGGGCCCAAUAAAGUGACCGAUACAGACGGGCCCAAUAAAGUGACGACAGACGGGCCCAAUAAAGUGACCGAUACAGACGGGCCCAAUAAAGUGACCGAUACAGACGGGCCCAAUAAAGUGACCGAUACAGACGGGCCCAAUAAAGUGACCGAUACAGACGGGCCCAAUAAAGUGACCGAUACAGACGGGCCCAAUAAAGUGACCGAUACAGACGGGCCCAAUAAAGUGACCGAUACAGACGGGCCCAAUAAAGUGACCGAUACAGACGGGCCCAAUAAAGUGACCGAUACAGACGGGCCCAAUAAAGUGACCGAUACAGACGGGCCCAAUAAAGUGACCGAUACAGACGGGCCCAAUAAAGUGACCGAUACAGACGGGCCCAAUAAAGUGACCGAUACAGACUGGCCCAAUAAAGUGACCGAUACAGACGGGCCCAAUAAAGUGACCGAUACAGACGGGCCCAAUAAAGUGACCGAUACAGACGGGCCCAAUAAAGUGACCGAUACAGAGAUGAGAAAACAGGAUGCAAAUGUAUAA